AAAUGUUUUCAUCAACUGUCUCUUGAUUUUGAUUUGCAAAUCUAAUUCUAUAAAUUAAAUAAAAAGAAGAAAAAAUUCUAUAAAGUGUAUUUAAAUACUUAUGUAAAAUAAGUAAAAGUUAAAAAGUUUUGGAUUCUGUAAUCCAAACGUUGUAAAAUUCCAUCAUUAGUUUAAUGUUUCGGACGUUUCGUCACGAAAAAUCAUCGAGUUUAUGAAAGUGAUAUGUUGAUAUUGCCAUUAAAACUAAAAGAAAGAAAGAAAGAAAGAUAUGUUGAUAUUGCAUUAAGCAUGAAUAUUUAAUUGGAGCUGUUUCUCCUAUUCGGGAUUGUCGAUCACUAUCAAAGCUUCAGUAAAUUGUACUCGGACCUAAUUCUUCAAUUUGUUGUCAUGGAUAGUUCAAAUAAUUACGACGAUACUUCUGACUACAAUGAAUUGUUUCUCGCAGUCCACAAUGGAGAAUUGAAUCUUGUCCAUUCUCUGCUCGAGAAAUAUUCGGCGACGGAAACGAUACGAGGAAGGACAUUGUUGCAUGUGGCGACUGCAGGAGGACAUGCGGAGAUUGCAAAGACUCUUUUAGGUAAUGGUGCCACAAUUGGGGUACAAGAUUUUGAGGACAAUACACCGCUCGAUGUUUCAUUGGAGAAAGGAAACGUUCAAAUGGCCGAAAUUCUUUUUAAACACGGUGCAGUUUUGAGUAACAACGAUUUGACAUAUAUGGGACCUCUUUGUAACGCAGUUAAGGAAGGAAAUUUUGAAAUGGUAAAACUGCUCAUGGCGAACGGAUGUAACACAGUCGACAUUCCAGUUGAAUAUGGUUCUUCUCUUAAACUUGCAGUAUCAUCUGGUCGUUUGGACAUUCUUGAAUAUCUCGUGAAGAAUGGUGAAAAAAGCAUCGCAACAGUUAAGGAAGAUAAAUUAUGCUUAUUUAGAUCACUUAUUUUUGAAGGCAGUUUGGAGACUUUAAAAUUUCUAGUCGAUAUUGGUAUUAAAGCAAUAAAUUUAGAUGAGGUAUUUAAUGCUACAUUUCAUUCGGGUCGUCAUGACAUGUUGAAAUAUUUAGUAACAAGGUUGUCGAAAAUUAAUGCAAAAACGUGUUUUAAAGAAAAGCAACUUCAUUUGGCUAUUCGAAUGAGCCAACUGGAAACUGUCGAGGCAAUUGUAAAUGAACCAUCAAACGAAUAUGAAUCGGACACUUUCGCCAGAAAAUUAGCCGUUUACAUUGCCGUUGAAAGUGGCAGUGAAGAAAUAUUAGAGAUUCUUCUAAACGCUGGUUAUCCCGUUGACAGUCUGUUUAAAUGUAUAAGUCCCCUUCACCUCGCAGCAACAUUCGAGCACCCGAGACUAGUGAAACUGCUAUUGGAAGCUGGAGCUGAUGUUAAUUUACGAACUGAAGAUUAUCACCGAACACCAUUACAUUUCGCAGCAUCUGCAGCGCAACCAGCUGUAGUUAAAUUUCUUCUAAAUCAUGGUGCUGAUCCCUCUAAAACCUGUAAAUGCGGUGAAUUACCAUUAAAAACGGCUUUGGAGAUUUAUUCUGGCCCAAUUCAUGUAUUCAUACCUGUUACUCCUUCAGUGUUUGAUGGAUUGGUAAAAGUGACGGAGAUGUUAAUCCAGUAUUCGAAUAGUGAAAUCAAUGAAUAUUUAUUUUACUACGCAAUUGAAAUAAGAGUUUCAUCAAUUAUCAAUAAUUCAAAGUUUAAGUCAAAAAGAUCGGCUGUAGUUGAUUCUGUAUUUCGUCCUGAAAUUGUUAGAAGCAUAUUUAAUUAUCUAAGUGAAGAUGAAGUUACAGAUUUUUCUGAACCAUUUUUAUUGGAAAACUAUGGUCCAAUAACUUAUUACCCACCAGAGUUAUUAGAACUUAUGAUGGAAUAUAAUAUUGACUUGAAAUCGUGUUUUGAUAUAGAAAUAUACACUUGCAUUAAAUAUAGCAAGUUCAAAUUGCUCUCAAUUGGUUACUCGAGAAACGUUCGUAAUCUUUUAGGCACACUUUCAGAAAUUAUUAAUGAUUACGAUGAAGAUGAGAAUGACGCAGAGAAGAAGAUUAAAAUGGAAUUAUUAAAAUUAUUAUUUAGUCGUUUAGUAUUGCUGAAUACAAAUUGUGAUCUAACUCCGUUUGAAGAUAGUGAAUUAAAUGAUCUUAUUGAUUGGCAAGAAAAUUGUAUAGAGGAGAAAAUUGUCAUGCAAAGUACGAAGGUUAAUAAAAAUUUAAAUUUCACUUUCUGUGAUGUAUUAACGAAAUCAAUGAAUAAAGUUGCAGGGUACUCAAACAAUGAAGAUUUCCUCACUGCAAUAAAAUCUUCACAAAUGAAAUUUCCGAUAUAUGCUGAUUUUUUGAAGGCAAGUGUCGAAAUAGCAGAAAGAAGAAGAAAUUGCAUCGAUAAGAGCACGACGUUAAUGUAUCGUAUGGUUAAAAAAUGUUACAGAAUUCAAAUUUCUAGUUCUGAUAUUCGUCACAUUCUCCAGUAUCUCUCUAUUGUAGAUUUGCGAAGAUUUUCAGCCGCUUGUUCCUAAAAUGUAAUUUUAUGACAAAUAACGCAAAGAUCAGUUUUGUUGAAUAAUUUGUUAUGUAUCUUUUUUCUACCAUGAAGAAAUUUUCAUUUAAUGAUUUCUUCUCAUCAAUGUAUUAAAAUAUAAUUUAAAUUUUAUAAAUAAUUAUUAAUACCACGUUAAUUUCAGAGUUCAUAUUUAUUGAUGUAUAUUGCGGUUACAUCGUGUUAACUAAGCUUUGAGCUUAAAAUCAUUGUUUUGUUUGUCGGCUCAUUAAGAUUAACAAAUCAAACGCUUAUUAAAAGUUUGUUUAAAAUAUUUUAAGUGAUGUGACAUUAAAUAAAAAAUACGUUUUUUUCUUUUUCAAUCCGCAGUGAGGUCUUUAUUUUCUUAAGAAAUACAUGAAUUUGUAAGUAAUAAUAUAUAUUUCA